CAUUGUCCUCAUUUGCAAGUCGCUUUGGAUAAAAGCGUCUGCUAAAUGACUAAAUGUAAAUGUAAUGAAUCAAAAUGCAAUCAUAGAUGCAUACACCUUAAAUUAAAUCUUAAAAUGAUUUCAUUUGAUACCUUAUAUGCAAAUAAAUACAUAAAGAAAAGGGUAUUCCAGAUAUAUUGCAUUACUUUUGCCCAGUCAGAAAAUGAAUAAAAAUGGAAUAUUAUCGUUCCAUUAUCACGUAUUUAGUCAGAAGUGCUUUACAUUUCCUUUAAAUCAAAUUGCGUCUAGUCAGAACUGACUCAGGAGAUGUAAAUGUAAGUUAGAAGCUGCCUACUGUAGCUUCCAACAAAGUUUUCUUGCUUUUAACAUAACUGCGUCGUUUUGUUGUGGGCGUGGAUCUGUCUAAGUAACGGUGCGGGCCACACUUCGGGCUUUUCAGACAGAGAUCCUGCAAGAAGGAAAAAGAGCGUCAUGCCAGAGGGGUAAAAGCGGCAAGGUGGUCGAAUUCGCUUUCUCGGGUUGACUUAUUGAUCCGCAGUGAUCAGGCACUUCUGAUUAAUCAACAGUCCAUGCGCGCACGAAACGCUCGACUUUAACGCAGCAUAUGUUGAAUUUGAGUUGCAAAUCGCCGCGCGCAAUCGCUUUGUAAUCGUAUCUCGACUUUGGAAAAAAUUGCGUGCAAACCAACAAUGGCGCACGUCGUUGAUUCAGGGCCGAAAAAUGACUCGGACUCGGAAAAGAAGACUGAACCGUCCCGUGACAGCUCAUCGGGAGAAAUGUACGACCCUAAAACUAAAAUAUUUGAUGCCAAGGCGAUCUUAUGGACUUUUGGCAAAUGUCUCACUGCCUUGCUGCCCGUUUACCUGGCUGGUUACUAUCGGAUGAGCACUAGUUUAGUGGUGUUUGGGAUGGUGGUUUACGCAGGAUGGAAACACACUCGGGAGACCAAGGAGGCGAGACUGAAGUCUGCUGUAGAGUUAGUCAACGACGAACAAGAAUACAUAUCCUCCAAAUCAUUUAGAAGUAGAAGAGACCUGCCUUCUUGGGUCAACUUUCCAGAUGUGGAGAAGGUUGAAUGGCUCAACAAGGUUAUCCAGCAGGCCUGGCCAUUUAUUGGUCAGUAUUUGGAGAAGCUGCUGACGGAAACCAUUGCUCCAUCCAUCCGCGGCUCCAGCUCUCAUCUGCAGACGCUCAGCUUUACGAAGGUCGACUUUGGUGGCAAGCCUAUGAGGGUGGUUGGAGUGAAGGCUCAUACGGAAAAUGAGAAAGGUCAAAUUCUGCUAGACGUUUACAUCAGCUACGUGGGGGACGUCGAGAUAAAUGUGGAGGUGAAGAGGUAUUUCUGCAAGGCUGGUGUGAAGGGAAUACAGCUUCAUGGAAUGAUGCGUGUGAUUUUGGAGCCUCUGAUCGGUGACGUCCCAAUCGUGGGUGCUGUAACCAUGUUCUUCAUUCAAAGACCUAAACUGACCAUUAACUGGACCGGUUUGACCAACCUUCUGGACGUUCCAGGCCUCAAUGCGAUGUCAGAUACUAAGAUCAUGGACGCGAUCGCUUCAUUCCUGGUUCUGCCCAAUCGUCUCACUGUUCCUCUAGUGGCAGACCUGCAUGUUGCGCAGCUGCGGUGCCCUUUACCCAGGGGAGUUGUGCGGAUUCACCUGCUGGAGGCUGAUGGUUUGGCUUCGACGGAUAACUAUGUGAAGGGUGUGAUGGCGGGCAUGUCUGACCCAUACGCCCUGCUCAGAGUCGGGCCGCAAACCUUCAAAUCCCGCCAUCUGGACAACACACUCAAUCCCAAAUGGGAUGAAAUGUAUGAGGUCAUCGUUCAUGAGGUGCCUGGUCAGGAGCUAGAGGUGGAAAUGUUUGAUAAAGAUCCUGAUCAUGAUGAUUUCCUGGGCAGGACAAAAUUAGAUUUGGGGAUUGUGAAGAAAUCUAAAAUAGUGGAUGAGUGGUUCAACUUGAAAGACACCCCUACAGGACGGGUUCAUCUCAGACUUGAGUGGCUGACACUAGAAGCCAACACAGAAAGACUAGAAGAGGUUCUGAAGAGAAAUGAAAGUGUGGUGAGUCAAACAGCAAAGCCUCCCUCAGCAGCUAUCUUGGCAGUGUAUCUGGACAAGGCUGAGGCACUUCCUAUGAAGAAAGGCAAUAAGGUUCCCAAUCCAAUCGUUCAAAUCUCAAUGCAAGAUGUUACUCGUGACAGCCGGAUUUGCUGGAAUACCGUGAACCCCCAGUGGGAGGACGCUUUCACUUUCUUCAUCAGAGAUCCAAGCAAACAGGACAUUAGCGUACAGGUGAAGGAUAAUGACCGUGUUCAGGUUUUGGGAAGUCUGUCCAUUCCUGUUUCCCGUCUUCUCUCUUGCCAAGAUCUGACUUUGGAUGAAUGGUUUAAUCUGGAGAAUUCUGGUCCAGGAAGCCGCAUCCACAUCAACACAGUGCUCAGGGUGCUCUGGUUGGAUGAAGCCGCCGCAACUUCCUCUCUCCUCUCCAGUGACCCUCUUUCCAAGAGUUCUGCAUCACGUCCACAGAAGACGACGCCCCAUUCCAGCUUCGCCACUGAGGGGAUGCUGCGUAUCCACCUUGUGGAGGCUCAAAAUCUGGUCGCGAAGGACAACAUGAUGGGUGGGAUGGUGAAGGGCAAGAGCGACCCGUAUGUCAAGAUCCAAAUUGGAGGUGAAACCUUUAAGAGUCAAGUGAUGAAGGAGAACCUCAACCCCACCUGGAACGAGAUGUAUGAGGUGGUUUUGACGCAGCUUCCUGGUCAAGAGUUAACGCUGGAAGUUUUUGAUAAGGACAUGGACAUGAACGAUGACUUUAUGGGCAGGCUGAAGAUGAAUCUGAGUGACAUAAUCAGCUCUGAGUACAUUAAUGAAUGGUUUACUCUGAGCGACGUUAAGCGUGGCCGUGUUCAUCUCGCUCUGGAAUGGCUGCCCACUGUAACACAACCAGAGAAACUACAGCAGGUGUUGCAGUACCAGUCAAAGAGCUCUUACCUGAAUAAGACAGUGCCGACUGCGCUCUCCUGUUUGUGUAUGUGGAGCGCGGCGCAUGAGCUUCCUUUGAAGAAGAGGAGUGGAAAGGAGCCUAAAGUUGGAGCUGAGCUGAUUUUGAGGAGAACGUCUCAUAGAACCACGGUAUGUGAUCGCACCAGCUCUCCGCAGUGGGAUGAGGCAUUUCACUUCCUGGUUCAAGAUCCUUUGAAUGAAGACCUUGUUGUGAAGUUGACCCACAACUGGGACUUCUCUCUGGGAUUUGUGGUGAUUCCCGUCAGAGAGCUUCUCUCUGAGCCAGAUCUGAUGCUGGACCAGUGGCUGGAUCUGGAUGGAGCGUCACCCCAGAGUCAGAUUCUGCUCAGAGGUCAGCUGAAGUUGAGGAGAGUCACCACCAUCUACUGUCAGCAGGAACUUCCUCUGUGUCCAGUCCCAGGAAAAGGGAAGAAGUCCAAGAGGUCCCAGAAGUGUUCCAGUUCAGAGGACCUUCGACCCUUGCACACCAGCCCUGACCCCAGUGUUGUUGCUGAGUGCGUGCUCCGCUCCACCUGCUGGCAGCUGAAGAUCUGGUCGCAAAGGACAACGAUGGGAGGUGAUGGUGAAGGGGAAGAGCGACCCCUUUCAAGUGCCUUUGAGCAGCCCUUAGGCUCUGUGGUUCUACCAAUCAGAGAGCUGCUUUCAAAACCAGAUCUACUGAUGGACCAGUUGUUUAGUCUGAUGGAGCAGGUCCCGACAGUCAGAUUCUGCUGA